AAGAAAGAGAUUCCUUCGCUAUUCUAUCGGCCACUCCAUUUCUUUCUCGCCUCGUAAACGUGAACUUCACCUCUUCAAAAUACUGGUUUUAGUAAUUUUGUCAAUGGCAAAUCUUUGGAAGAAGCAGAAAUUGAGAGAUACGGGUUUAUGUCGUUUAGGGAUUCUAUUUGCAGUUACUGUCUCUAUAGUUCUGAUGUUGGUGUCUGUACCUAGAACUGCUUUGAAUGGUUCUUCUAUUGACGAUGAUUUGGAUGGUUUGGAUAAAGAUUUGGAAGUUAAGCUUAAUGCUUCUUUGCUAAGUGUAGCUAGAGGUAAUAGAAUGUCGCUUAGUUUGCAUAGAAGGAACCAUUUUUCGCCGAGGAAUUUGGAUCUGUACCCGGAUUUGGCGAAAGAUCGUGUGGUUAUCGUCUUGUAUGUGCAUAAUCGGGCUCAGUAUUUUCGAGUAACUGUGGAAAGUUUGUCAAAGGUUAAAGGGAUAAGUGAGACAUUGUUGAUUGUUAGUCAUGAUGGUUACUUUGAAGAGAUGAAUAAGAUUGUGGAGAGUAUUAAGUUUUGUCAGGUGAAACAGAUAUUCUCGCCUUAUUCGCCUCAUAUAUUUCGAACUAGUUUCCCCGGUGUGACCCCAAAUGAUUGUAAGAACAAGGGUGAUGAGGUAAAGACGCAUUGUGAAGGCAAUCCGGAUCAGUAUGGGAAUCAUCGGUCUCCUAAGAUUGUAUCUUUGAAGCAUCACUGGUGGUGGAUGAUGAACACGGUAUGGGAUGGGUUGGAAGAGACUAAAGGACAUGAGGGUCAUGUCCUUUUCAUCGAAGAAGAUCAUUUUCUGUUUCCUAAUGCCUAUCGUAAUAUACAGACUCUCACGAGGCUGAAACCCGCAAAAUGUCCUGACUGUUUUGCUGCUAAUUUAGCGCCGUCUGAUGUGAAGUCAAGAGGAGAAGGGCUUGAAAGUUUGGUUGCAGAGAGAAUGGGAAAUGUCGGGUAUUCUUUUAAUAGAAGUGUGUGGGAGAAUAUACACCAGAAGGCAAGAGAGUUUUGUUACUUUGAUGAUUACAAUUGGGAUAUAACGAUGUGGGCAACGGUUUUCCCCUCGUUUGGCUCCCCUGUUUACACUUUGAGAGGGCCUAGAACCAGUGCGGUCCACUUUGGAAAAUGUGGGUUGCAUCAAGGUAGAGGAGAUGAGGGUGAUUGCAUCGAUAAUGGGGUUGUAAACAUCGAAGUCAAGGAAACAGAUAAAGUUGUGAACAUAAAAGAAGGAUGGGGAGUUCGGGUGUAUAAGCAUCAAGCGGGUUAUAAAGCUGGUUUCAAAGGUUGGGGAGGUUGGGGCGAUGAAAGGGACCGACAUUUAUGUUUGGAUUUUGCCACUAUGUAUCGUUCCAGCAGUAGCAGUGCAUCUCCAUGAAUCUUUAAAGACUUCCAAGUAAAUUUGGUAAUAUAAUCAGUAACUUUUUGAGGGAUUGUUUUCUUUUAAUGUGCUUUAUGACUCGAUUGGCCUCGGGUCUUGUUGUAUUUUUGAUUGGUAUGCCUUGUUUGUAUCACCUAAAGUAUUUCACUUUCUAUACAAGCUUCUGUCUCCUUUUUUAUUUAUUGGAAAAUAGCUUCAAAGUAAUGAAAUCUUAAGGCACUG